UUUAUAUCACAAAAGAGUUCACACGAGAAUCUUCGCAUGAAAUUAUCUUAAUUCAUACUCCAUAUAAUCUAUUCACGACCCCAACUUCUUCCAUUUUCUCCUCUCCUUAUAUAAAACCUUCUCAAUAUUUGAAACAACUCCAACUUCUUCCCAAAUGGCUUCUCCUCAAUUCAAAGCUGUGCUCUUUCUCUGCCUUUCUUCACUAAUGCUUCUGCUAAUCUCACCCUCCCAUUCCCUAAAAUGCACCUCACAGACCUUCAGAAACAACAAGCAAUACACCAACUGCACAGACUUGCCUUACCUCGACGCCUUCCUCCACUGGACCUAUACUCCCUCCGCCUCCUCCCUCUCCAUUGCCUAUGUCGCCCCUCCCGCCAAACCCGACGGUUGGGUUGCCUGGGCCAUCAACCCAACCGGCACGGGCAUGUCGGGCUCCCAAGCCCUCCUCACCUUCAAGCAACCGGACGGGUCGAUGAUCGUCAACACCUACAACAUCAGCUCCUACAGCCAGGUUGUCAAAUCCAGGAUCGCGUACGACGUCUCUGACGCCAGCGCGGAACAUUCUGACGGCGUGAUGAGGAUCUUUGCCACGCUGGCAUUGCCGGCGAACACAAAGUCGGUGAACCAGGUUUGGCAGGUUGGGGGAUCGGUCACCGAAGGCGCGCCGAACCAACACGAGUUCGAGACGGCGAAUUUGAAUUCCAUGGGGACUCUAGUUCUGUGACCCGUGCUU